AUGGGGGGGGGUUCCCCCGGUGCCCGCGGGGUCCCGGCGCUGCGGUGCCGCCCGGUACCGACAGGGGGCGCCCCCGCCUCCCCCGGGGCGGGUAAAGGCGGCGGGAGCGGCACCGGCACCGGGCGGGAUGGCCCGGGGCGCGCUCCGCCUGCUCUGCUGCGCCGCUGCCCUGCUCGCUGCCGCAGGUACCGGGCACGGGGAGGGUCCGCGGGGUCCCGGGGCUCGGGGGAGAGGCGGCACCGGGGGCCGGGCGCUUCCCGGUACCGGCGGUGGGUGCACCUGGGGCCUCUCCCCGCCCGGUUCCAGGUGUGGGGAGAAGCGUCCGGGUGCUCCGGGGCACCGGGGACGUUCGGGGAGGUCUCCACGUGUAGCGGUCUCCAGUGGGGCACUGGGGGGUUCCGUGUCCCCUUUGGGGCUGGGGUUACCGGGGGGCUGCCCCGGAGCGCCCCGCCCCUCCCGGACCGCGGGCUGCCAAACCGGCUGCUCCUGGCACGGCUGCCCUGGCACCGCAUCGGCAUCCCGGGGCAAAGGGCCUCGGUGUCCCGGGCCACCGUGGGCCCCCCGUUCCCAGCCUGGGCCCCCCAUACCCUCCCCGCACCCCGAGGGGCCUCGCUCACCCAUCCUGGCACGCACGGGCUCCGUGCCAUCCUGGCACAGGCACCACACCACCCAACUCCAUCCAACACCUCGAGAUCAACACCUCCAUCAUCUCCAUCCAACACCACCACACCAACUCCAUCCAACACCUCGAGAUCAACACCUCCAUCAUCUCCAUCCAACACCACCACACCAAAAACUCCAUCUACUACCUUGGGAUCAACACCUGCAUCAUCUCCAUCCAACACCACCACACCAACAACUCCAUCCAACACCUCGAGAUCAACACCACCCAGCACCACCACACCAACAACCCCACUCAAUGUCUCGGGAUCAACACCUCCAUUAUCUUCAUCCAACGCCACCACAGCACCAUCUUCAGCCAGGACACCUUCAUCCAACGCCACCACGGCACCAACUCCAUCCCACACGAAUGUGUCCAGACCCACAGAGCGUCCAUCCAGCCCAGCCCCCUCCUCACCCAGCCCCUCUGGGCCUGCCUCUCCUCCCACAGCCCCCGUGAGCACCAGCAGUGUCACCAGCGGUGUCACCAGCAGCUCCAGAGGGACAGCAGCCCCUGGGAGCUCUGAGCAGCGCCCCACCGAGCUGAGCCCUGCCGUGGUCGCUGUCCUCUCCCUGGCCGUGUGCGUGCUGCUGGCGGCGGUGGCCGCGCUGCUGGUGCGGCGGGCCCGGCGCGGGACCCCCCCGUUCCAGCACCUGGAUGAGGUGCCCAUGAGCAAAGUGACCGAGGGGUCCCCUGUGCCCACCCCCAGCUGAGCCCCCAGUGCAGCUGAAUAAAGGAGCCGCU